AUGUCGAAUUUCAAAGUCAUAAUCGUUGGAGGUGGACUUGCCGGGCCUCUCCUAGCCAGCGGACUAAUACGGAAAGGUGUCAAAGUUGACCUCUAUGAAAGACUCGAAGAGCAUGCAAAGAGAGAUGGAUACACUAUUCGCGUUGCACAACCCUGCUUACAAGCAUUCGAAGAAUGUCUCGAUGCCGAUGCGUUUAAUCAGAUCAAACGAAGGAUGGGACAUUUUGAAGGUAACCAGGAAACUACACCAAUCUGGUACGACUACAAGAUGAAACCACUGCUCAACAUGUCACGAUUCAGCACAAAUUAUCAUGGUUCGGCGCCAAUGGACCGCGUGGUACUCCGCGACACAAUCAUACAAAAACCAGUCAAGGAAGGAAUUGUUCAUUAUGGAAAGUCGUUUUCAAGAUACGAAAUGAUCAAGACAGAAAGUGGACAAGAGAAAGUUCGUGUCUGGUUUCAAGAUGGCACCUCGGCAGAUGGUGACGUCUUGAUAGCAGCAGAUGGCAAUCAUUCUAGAGUUAACAAGCAAGUCGGCUUGAAUCACAUCCAACAAUUGGACGCCAUCUCGUUCAUCACUAAAGUCAAGUUGUCGAAAGAAAUAUUGGCCGCAGUCCCAAACUGUUGCCUCGUUGCCCCGAUUCUUACGUUUUCCCAUCGCAAGACGUUUUUUGCUGUAGGCAAGUGGCAUUCUAUACAUCUUCACCUAUUGGUAUCAACACUAACUGUAUCUAAGCUUAUCUCCCCAAAGACCGUCAAGAAGAACAUGUCAAUGCCAACAGCUGACUGUCCUCCUGAUAUCCUUAAGCGAGACACAAACGAAGUAUGGAAGUUCCUUUCAGAAGCCAUUCCUAAUUGGCAUCAGGAUUAUCAGGAUAUUAUCGAGGUAGUAAGAGGACAAGAAAUCCACACAUUCCGACCCCGGGCUGCUGUGAGACCAUCUCUUAACUGGCGCAAAAAUACCAGGUCGCCUCAAGAACCCCUUCGUGGACAUCCACGUGUAUGGCUCAUGGGUGACGCAAUGCACGCCAUGAUGCCCAACCGUGGUAUGGGAGGAAACCAAGCCAUGCUUGACGCCAAGGUCAUGGUGCCCUUCCUUGAGCGCCUCAACUACCUCGCGAAGAAAACGGGUUCAGUAUCUGAAGAGGCCAUUGGAGCAGCUUGCCACGAAUACGAGCGAGAAAUGAUUCCCCGCUCCUUCGACUGGGUCGAGGCAAGUGGAGGCACGAAUCCUAUCCCUUUUGAUACUUAUUCUUUUUUCGGUUGGGUUUCAGUAUGGUGCCUUAUUGUCUCAUUCCAGAUUAAAGACGGGUUUAAGGCGCUGUUCGGGAAGGCUUGA